AUGGCAGCUUCAGAAGCAGCUUAUUUCGCUGAAAAGAUCAUCGGUCACGAUGACAAUGCCAUCACGGAGCAAGAUGUCUCCGACUACCAAGAAAUUGGAGCGGCGACAACCAUGAAAGCGCUGGUUUGGAGAGGGAAGAAUAAGGUUGAAAUUGCCGACGUCCCUAAGCCCCAAAUCUUGGAAGACACCGACGUGAUUCUCAAAGUAACUGGUUCUACCGUCUGCGGCUCUGAUUUACAUCUCUACCAUGGCGUUGUUGUACAACUCGCAGAUGGCGACAUCCUCGGGCACGAGUUUUGCGGAGUUGUAGAGGAAGUUGGUCCGGCUAUCAACAAGGUCCAAGUUGGGAAGAGAUAUGUCGCUUCUUUCCAGAUCGCGUGCGGAGACUGCUUCUUCUGCAAACAGAAGCUGUCGUCGCAGUGCGAAAAGACAAACUCGAAUACGGCUGCGAAGAGCCUCUAUGGUGGAAGGACAGCAGGCAUCUUUGGGUACUCGCAUCUUACGGGCGGAUUUGCUGGAGGCCAGGCAGAGUAUGUGCGUGUUCCGCUGGCUGAUGUGAAUUUGCUGGAAAUUCCUGAUGAUGUUCCAGAUGAGAAGGCUCUAUAUCUGUCUGAUGUUCUCUGCACCUCUUACCAUGCUGUUAAAGACACCGCGGUCUAUCAAGGCGACGAAGUAGCCAUCUUCGGGGCAGGUCCUAUUGGACAAAUGGCGGGCGUCUUUGCCCUCGAAGAGGGAGCAUCCAAAAUCAUAUUCGUUGAUACCGAGCCACGUCUCACUCUUGUUAAACAGCACUUCCCCGCCGAACACAGCAACAAGCUUGUCUUGCUUGACUAUAAGAAGCUAUCAUCUGGUAUCACCUCCAAAGAGACUGUUGUCAGCAAACUAAAGGAGAUCUGCGGCGGACGAGGUCCAGACGUCGCUAUUGAGUGCGCCGCGGGCGAAUAUGCCAAAGGCUGGAUGCACUGGUUGGAAAUGGCUGUCGGUGCCGAGACUGACACCAGCGAGAUUCUCAAUGAAAUGAUUGAGGGAGUUCGCAACUAUGGCCGCUGCGGCAUCACUGGAGUUUAUGUCGCAUACACAAACCAUUUCAACGUUGGCUCGCUCAUGCAGCGAGGCAUUCGACUUAUUGGGAACGGCCAAGCACCGGUGCACAAAUACUGGGACGAGUUGCUUGUAAAGAUUCAGAAAGGCGAGCUUAACCCAAUGCAGAUGGUUUCUCAUAGAGUGAGGCUCGAGGAUCUCGACAUAGUAUAUGCAAAGUUUGAUGCAAAGGAGGAUGGUAUGCAAAAGGUCUUCGUUGAGACUAAACACUCUUUGCCCAAGUCUUCCGAAUCUCCUGAAGUAACUAGGUAUUAA